AUGCGUGGAGGACUCACGUACAGCGCGCGCCUCGUGCAGCCGACCGGACUACAAACGGCUUCCGUGGUCUUCUUCGUCCGGCUCGCGCGCCACAGCGACCAGCGCGAGGAUGGGCAUACGGAGCACCACACACUGGGCGCCAUCGGCCUGGUCCCCGGACCCCUCAGGGCCCCCGCGCAGGCGGGCGUCCUCCCGGCGAGAUUCGAGGGCAUCGUUCGCCGCAAGCGUCUCGGCGCACCAGAACCCUCCGGCUUCGCGGGAGCGCGGGCGUGGCGGGCGGCACAGGUCCCAGCGCGCAGGAAACCCACAGGAACAACAGGGCAGCGCACAGCGACGCGGACGUACCGGCAACGGACGGCCCCUGCGGCGCUACGUGCGUUGGAGCGCUCGGCAUGCCAAAUCGUUUCAUGCUCGGCAUGCUUAUCCUCUCCGAUGACCCAGCGCGCUGCCGCGACGCUUCACUGCUGCCUCCGUGGCGCUUUGCUGUUGUCGCUGCAUGCGUGGCGCUUUGUUGUCGUCGCUGCAUGCGUGGCACUCCGUCGCGUGCAUGCGUGGCGCUCCGUCGCGCACGAUCGUGGCGCUACGUCGCCUCCGCCGGGCCCACCCCGCCUAACACGCCCGCUGCGCCCCACGCCCGGCACCCUCGGGAAAAGAGUGUCCUCGGACAUGGCCGCGGCAGAGCUUGGUGCUCGAGGGGGGCGUGGCGGGGUAUACGUAUGGCGGGGAGGGGACAGGCGCGCCGAGCUGCGGUUGGCGGGACGAACGGGGAGGGCGCCGCGGGCGCUGUCGGGUGCUUUGGGCGGGCGAGCUGGGUGCGGGGUAAGUGAGUCUGGUCGCGGUGGUUCACUGCCAUGGUCGGGCGCACCUGGCUGUCGUGGCUGGCUGGCGUGGUUGACUGUAACAGUUGACCAUGAUGGCUGGCUGCGACGGCCGGGCAAGCUCCUCGACGCGCUCUGCCGGCCGGACGAGGUGGCGCGCGGAGUAGCGGGAGCAGAGUAUAGAUGUAUACCUAGUGCAAUAGAGAGGUAUAGACUACGACAGUACGAGUACUACACCCCGCCUCACAUAUCUGUGGAAGAUCUCCUUGAGCACGCGGCAGCUAUUGCGAACCUCGAAAUGUUGCGAACCAACGACCUUCCGAACCAGUUCCAGAUCGAGGAGAUUGGCUUGAACGCACUUCUUCUGGAGUCCAAGCUUGUUUCCUUCGCCCUGGACGACAGCCCCACCCGCAAGAGAAUUCUGCGACAGCUAGACCUUCACCGGUCUAUCCUCGCUCCCAUCCGCCGCCUGCCCAAAGAGCUCUUGAUGGACAUCUUCUUCCGAGUUGCGAACGAGUCACCACUGCGCACUCUUCAGGCUGCAACUAUCAUCGCAGGAGUCUGCGCCUUCUGGCGGACUGUCGCGCACGGACUCACCAAGCUGUGGACGAAAUUAGUCGUCAAGUCCCUGACCGACUUCGACCGAUACUGCGAGCUUUUCCUUCCGAUAACUACAGAAGAGAGGCGACCCGGUCUCAGAUGCGAUGAUCCCGAGCUCCUAUGGCCCUUGUGGGACCGCAUCGAGCCAUACGCGUCUUGCUGGCGCUCCAUCACGCUCGUGGGCCGACUUGACAUGCUUCCCAAUCUCAAAGUCCUUUACAUGGAGAAUCUAGAGAGGCUGGUCGUCGACGCUUAUGAUGAGCCUCACUCCUUGGAAUUCAGUGUGCUUGACUUCGUCGUCGCUCCAUGUCUUCGCCACAUAGCACUCACGCUUGACGCGCUGCAGAACGAGCGCCAACUGCACGUCCCCGUGACGCGGGCACUCACAUCCCUAGAGAUCGAUGUGAUGUCCCCAUUCCCCGUCACUUUGACUUUCUCUCUGCUGCGAGCGUGCGCGGAAACGCUGCAGUCGCUCGCCCUCAAAGUUCGUUAUCCCUUGGAAGGCUCAGAAGGUUCAUACCCCACGAGCGCGUCUGAGUCGGACACGUUCGACUUGAAGGCUCUAACCAAGCUCAGACUCGUCGACCCUGCCUGCGCGCUGCUGAAUCACAUCAACGCCCCACUCAUCGAGGAACUCAUCCUCAGUAACGUCCCGGUAUAUGGUGCACAAUCUCUGUUGGGAUUCUUGAUGCGCGGUCAGGCCGCCCAACAUCUCAUCGACCUUCGCGUUUACCAACCGGAGGAACGAGAUAUCCCCGCCUGGAUGCCGUGUCUCCAGCUCAUGGGAAACCUCAAGGACCUGCACUUCGAUGACCUGCUAUCGAAGAGAGAGUUCCUGAAGCAAUUAGCUGUCCGACACGCAGGCAGACAUCCACUCCUGCCUUCGCUGCGGAAUCUCAACGUCACCAAUAUCUCCUUCAAUGAAAUGAGUGACGUUGUCAGAGAGCUGUGUCGGUCAAGGGCGAUAAAAACACAGUAUCACGGUCAACUGGCGUACAAGAAACUUGGUUGGAUCUUGGAUUACUAG